CAGAAACACACAUCGUAUUUUCUUAAAUUAGAAUGGGUAGUGACUGCCAAUUCUGGUGAUAGGAUGAUUCUUUAUAUCCAUGUACAAUGUAGUUGGAGUUCUGAUGUUUUUCCUCUGGUUUCCCUGACCGAAUGAGAUGAGUCUCAUUCGGUCUGAAGAGAGUGCUUGUGAUGACUCUGUGCUAUCCUUCAAGCUUGUGAAAUUUAUGGACUCCCGCCACACUUUCAAUUGGUGGUUUAAUUCUUCACCUUUUCGAUGUUUCUCUUCUCUUGAAGUUCUCCUCUGUAAAUGAUGAAUUUGAAGGUGUAUACAGAAGAACGUGAUGAUUCUUCUGUAUCUUUUAAUCUUCUUCUCAGGCUAUGAACUCUAUUCGUGAAAACAGAAUCUUUGACAACAUGAAGCCAUAUUACGUCUCCUCGGCAUCCCUAAUAGCAGAGUCGUGUAGCUUCCGACAUUCUGCUCGUGCAGAAGCCCAGCUAGGGACUUGUGAAGUCAAGAUCGGUUAUAAAGACUUGUCCUAGUUCAUGGAGCCACUGGAAACAUAGCGUGAGCAGGCCAUGGAGUCAAGUCCAUGGUCCGUUGAGAAUGAUGGACCACGUGCUCAUACCCUUGAGCCCAAGUCAGUGAGCUCGGACACCGAACAGUCCGGUGAAAGCUGAGGACACCAUCGUUCCCAACUGAAGCACCUUGUGUGUGAGUAGUAGUAGUAGGUUGACCCUUAGAAUUUCUUCUGGGAGACAACUGACAGCAUGUCAGCUGCUCUACCAGUUAGGCCUUACGUAUGGUAUCGAAAUGACAAGUAGCACUUCAUGAGCUCAAAUGUCAACUCUGACGCUUCUGUUGUCAAAUUUUCCCCUUGCCUUCAGUUUUCAUCAUCUGCUCUUUUCAUGAGUGGAUUUUCAGCUCUUGUUGGGAUCAUACCUGGCAGUCAUCUUCCCUACCUCUACGUCAACGUCUGCAAAUUGACAUCCUAGGUUUUCGAACUGCUUGAGCUUAAUGGCCGAGAGAGGUUGCAGCUCCUCUAUGUGCUGCGGGAGGUCGAUGGUGUUACGUUGAUCUAUUGAGGAGUUUUUACGCACUGCCUCUGCAUGAUUGCAUCGAAGGCUUUCCUUGUCAGUCACACAAUCUGUCCAAACUAAGAACUAAAUUUAGUCAUGAGCAGUAAUGAAGUGAGCGCCAGACAUGCAGAAGACGCAGUCAAGUUCAGGACUUGGUCAACUGUCAACAAGCCGUCAGAUCUCAGGGAAGACAAAUGAUGAACUUCCUCUGUCUAGUACGAAUCGGAACCCCGAAAAUGUCUAUCACAACAGAUGUCCUUUCAUUCUAUGACAUACAUUUGAAGUUUACAGCUAAUUCUGCAAAGACAGCCCCAAGUUCACGCAGUAGUUAGCUUCAUUGUCGAUUGAGUAAACUCUCCCCUGUCAGGAACUGAGCUGAAUUCUUGCCUUGAUUUGAUUUGCCUUGGUCAGAAAUUAGGAAAUACUAUCUCCGGAUCGUUGCAUAUCGGUCCUACAAUUCAUAUUGUCGCUUCCAAUAAAAGUCGGAAAUCGGACAGUAAAAAAUAUGUCGGAUCGCAUCAGCGAGGAUGACGAGAAAAUCGCAGUGGGAAUUGAUAUGGGCGCUAGAUCCUGCUGCGUAGGGAUAUGGCAUCAAGGCAAAGUCGAGAUUCUUCCAAAUGAGCAUGGGAACCGGAGAACACCGUGUUUCGUGAGCUUCACAGAGACGGAGAUUUUGGUGGGCGAGGCCGCCAAGGAUCAGCUGUUGGUGAAUCCUUCCAACACAGUCUUCGAUGUGAGGACUUUGAUAGGAAGGCGAUAUUCCGAUGCGCAAGUGCAGGAAAAAUUGAAGCAUUGGCCGUUCAGAGUGACGGCUGGGCCAGAUGACAAGCCGGUGAUCACAGUGAUGUUUCGAGGGCAGGAGACGCAGUACAAACCGGAGGAAGUCCUGGCUAUGGUGCUGACGAAGAUGUUGACUAUUGCCGCCACGUUCGUCGGGAAACCUAUCAAAACCGCAGUUAUCAGCGUUCCUGCACACUUCGAGGACUCUGAAAGGUAUGGCAUGAAAGCUGUUGCUAAGAUUGCCGGACUUGAGAAGCUCAAGUACAUGGUGAAGGAGCCGGUUGCUGCAACUUUGGCCUACAUGUGCAUCGAGAAUGUCGAGGUCAUGAGAAGCAGGGAAAUGAGGUACUUGAUCUUCGACUUCGGUGCCCGUGCAUUGGACGUAUGUCUCAUUGACUUCGAGGAAAACAUUUGUGACGUCUUGACGCAGUCCUCCGACCCGAGCCUCGGUGGUCAGAGCCUAGACGACCGCCUGCUGCAUCACUUUGCUCAGCAAAUCGAGAAGAAGCUUCAGACAGACAUCUUCGUCGACUCUGAAGCCUUGUACCGGCUGAAGUCAGUCUGUGAAGAGCUGGGAAGGAAGUUAUCCUGCAGCUCGGAAUGCAGCACUGAGAUGGUCUGGAAAGGUUCUGAGAUCCAGUUGAGCAUCACGAGGGACGAGUUCGAGGACAUGAGCAUUGACCUCGUGCAGAGCUGCAUUGCUCAGGUGGAGAAAUGCCUCUCAUACGCCAGGAAAUACAAGAUGGAAGUGGACAGAUUCAUCCUGGUGGGAGGCUCGUCCCGCAUUCCCAAGCUGCGGAGCUUGCUGCAGGACAUGUUUGGUAAGGAGUUGAAUGACGAAAUCAAUCCAGACGAAGUUGUUGCCCACGGAGCGACCAUUCAAGCUGCUCGGAAUUUGGACCUGUAUGCGAUUCCAGGCGAUGAAAACCUCUCGGGAGAAACGUAUUGUUUAAUAGGACCUGAUUUGAUGCCGUUCAAUCUCGGUGUGGAGACUGCCGAUGGGGAUUUGUCAGUUCUCGUGCGCAGGAAUACGUACAUCAAUAACAAAAUCACUGGCACGCAAUCUUUCUCCACACUUUUUGACAAUCAAACGUCUGUUGUGCUUCACAUUUACGAGGGCCAAUGCCCUUCAGCCAAAGAUAAUCGACUUGUAGCCACGCUUGAGUUGUCUGGACUCGUACCAGCUCCAAAAGGCACUCCUCAAGUCCAAGUAGCUUUCAGCGUCCAGGAAGAUGGCCUUCUGACGGUUGUUGCAGAGGAGAAGGAAGCGGGAGUCAGAACAGAAAUGUCCUUUCCAGCAUUUUCAUGGUCACACUCUUGUCUUAGUCGGAAACUGACAAUUGACCAGGAAACACAACUUCUAGCCGACGGUGAGGAGAAGAGAAUCUUGCGAGGCUUACCAGAGUACUGGGAACGAGAAGGAACGACAUCUCUGAACUUGCUCAGCGGUGCUUGCAUUCAGGCCGGACCUUGCUGACAACCUUGUGCAUUGCAAACCAAAGUUUCUCAGUUCCAGUUCUAGAUCCUGUGCUGCCUUCUUAACUAGAAGCUCUCUUGCGCUAUGUAGCUUCAGUACAUAGUGCCAUAA